AUGCACGUCGCCGGUCUGCUCGGCGCGUUGGUUGCGGCCACCGCCGUCACCGCCGCUCCUUCCCCAAAGCUUCCCUACUUCCGCGGCACUCGUCCUCGUCCGGCCGUCCAGAACUUCGUCUCGAACGUCGCCUCCGCUCAGUACAACCUCACUGACAUCCCCGGCAAGCCUACGACCAAAGCGCCCCACUCGAACAUUUGGGCAACCCUCAGUAACGAUGAAGCAGCCGAAGUCGUCUCCUUCCUGCACAACCAGACGGCGCUCAACUUGACCGCCGCGUCCGACGCUGGCUCGUGGGACAACCAGAUCACCGUUAUCGAUCUCGCCGUACCCAACAAGACCGAAACGCUCAAGUACCUCUCAGGAAAGGGCCCGAAGCCGCCUCGCAUGGCCUACGCGACUAUCAUGUUCAACUCGGUCGACGAGCCGUACGUUGAGGACUAUCUCGUUGGCCCUUUGCCGGUUUCGGCCAACACGACCUACCACCCGUACUCGUUCCGCACGACGAAGGGCACUUCGAAGGUCCGCAACUACGACGCCGACUCGGACGCGACGUACAAAUUCAUGGUUGACGCAGCCAAGACGUGCGACGACAUUGUCGAGGACCUUCUUGGCGCGCCUACCGACUCUUGGGACAUUUGGGGAAUCGACCCGCUUUGGCACGAAGACGGGCGUGUGAUCUCCUGGGUCGGAUUCUGGGGCGUCCCAGAGUCCGUCUUUGACGGCGAAACGCUGCUCCCGCAGGGUUUGUACAUGAAGUUCGACUUCACCGGUCGCGAUCCGAGUGGCUGGGCUUUCCUCGGAUGGCUGCACGACGGCAUCUUCUACCCGACGACCGCCGACUUCCGCCACGCUUGGUCGAACGGCAAGGUCGCCAAGACGACUCGCAACGCCGGAAUGAACGAGACGUGGAUCGGCACGGACAGGGACGGAGCCGAGCUGCCGUACGACAACCGCCCUCCGCCUAUCCAGAUCGCGCCUGGCGGUCAGCGCUUCGCUAUUGACGAAGACGCGCAAUAUGUCGAGUGGAUGGACUUCUCCUUCUACUGGUCUUUCCGCCGCGACACGGGCAUGCGACUGUGGGACAUCAAGUACCAGAACCAGACUGUUCUGUAUGAGCUCGGCUUGAAUGAGGCUCUCGCUCACUACGCUGGCAACGACCCCGUACAGAGCGGAACUGCUUACCUCGACACUUGGUACGGAUUCGGCCCCUACGCUUUCGAAACGAUCGAAGGCUACGACUGCCCGACGUACGCCCACUACGCUCCCACCACCUUCUUCGCGAACGAAGUCGCGACGACGCACCGCAAGUCGAUCUGCUUCUUCGAAGACACCGAGUCGUUCCCGAUCCAGCGCCACGCCAACGGACAGUACGUCGCCGCUACCAAGAACGUCGUCUUCAAGAUGAAGUCUGUCUCGACAGUCGGCAACUACGACUACUCGUUCGUCUACAGCUUUAUGCUCGAUGGCUCUAUCGGGGUUGAAGUCAUGGCUUCAGGAUACAUCCAAAGCGCCUACUACGCCAAGAACGGAGAAUACGGCUACCGGAUUCACGACGGGCUGAGCGGGUCGAUGCACGACCACGUCCUCAACUGGAAGGCCGACUUUGACGUACUCGGAACUCAAAACACCUUCGCGAUGCACACGGUCGAGCCGAAGGAGGUCAAGUACCCCUGGUCGAACCACACGCGCUCAACGAUGCACCUCGUCCGUGAUACGCUCAAGAACGAGGACAACGCGACGUUGCACUGGCCUGCGAACGGCAAGAGCAUGUACCUCGUCUACAACGCCGAGGAGAAGAACAAGUUCGGCGAGGAGCGCGCCUGGCGUAUCAUGCCGUCAAUCGGCGGAGCGGGAAUGCACGCUACGAUCCAGAAUUCGUCGAACCUCGGUCCCUCGCUCAACUUUGCCAAAGCGCCGCUCUACGUCACGAAGCACCACGACUCCGAGUUCAGCUCGGCUCACGCAUCGAACGCGUACGACCCCUACAACCCGGUCGUCGACUUUGCCAAGUACCUCAAUGGCGAGAACCUGGAGCAGGAAGACCUCGUUCUCUGGUUCAACCUCGGCAUGCACCAUGUUCCGCACACUGGCGACCUCGGCAACACCGUCCACACGACCGCUCACGCCGGCAUGAUCAUGUCGCCGCACAACUACCUCCUCCGCGACCCGUCUCGCCGCUCGUCGCAGAUGGUCCGCCUCAACUACAACUCGAGCGCGUCCGACGUUGUGUCCGACAUCCUCACCUUCGGCGGCCAGCAGGCGUCGGGCUUGUUCAACCUCACCGCCAUCCAGCCCGACUACAAGGCGUACAUUGGUGACAGCAACGUCCGCAAGUUCCCAUACGACCCCCAGCACCCUUACAACGACACCGAGUCAAUCGUCUAG